CUCAAAUAUUUCACUCAGUCGCCCAAACGUGCUUGACCUGAGCAUCGCGCAGCCAUGCCAUCCGAACUAGAGACCGCCAUGGAGUCCCUCAUCAUGGUUUUCCACCGAUAUGCUGGAAAGGAGGGCAGGAGCGGCACCCUGACCCGACGGGAACUCCGAAUACUAAUGGAGAACGAGCUCUCUGGGUUCCUUAAGUCUCAGAAGGAUCCGACAUUCGUCGACAGAAUUAUGAAAGAUCUGGAUGCCAAUGGAGACGGCGAGGUUGACUUUGAGGAGUUUGUGUCUUUGGUCUUGGGUUUGUCCAUCGCCUGCGAGGCUUGCUACAGGGUGGAUUUAAGGAAGUCACAAAGCUGGAACCUUUGAGUUUGUGUAUAUGUGUGUGCUUGUUUGUGUGUGUGUGUGUGUGUGUGUGUUAGUAUCGAAUGAACGCCAUAAAAACGUCUUUUGCUGCGAGGUUAAAGUACAGUGGGUGUGUUUGACGGGUCUUGACAUUCUUUGGCCUACAAACAGUAUUUUUUCUUGAGCUUGUCCUAAAAACAGAGGAUGUUUUUAUUUGAAAUAAAGCUUUAAUAUUUGAAAGUCUUCAUGUGUAGGGUUUUAUUAUUAAAGACAGAAUUAUUAGCCCUGCUGUCAACUAUUUAUUCCAUUUCAAAUAUUUUUAACAGAGCAAGAAGAUUUCUCUAAUAGUUUUAUAAUGUUGUUUUAAGCUGUACAUGAAUAUUCAUACACGCAGUGUAUUAUUCAUUAUUCAGUGUGUUAUUCUCUCUCUUUUCCUCAUUAAAACUAUAGUUAAUGAUUAAUACAAAACCCAGCCUGCCUUCUUAGUAAUUAGUGGAGUUAGAAUGUAAUAAAAAUGUUUCUGACACAAUAAACAUUGUAAUACAAAAUAAAAAUAUAUGUUAAAAUCGGCA